GUUUAUUUUUAUAUUGUUUUUGUGUGUUCUGUGUUGACGUAUUUGGAAACGUAUACAAAACUCAUCAUUUACAAAAGUGAUGUAGAGCGUAUAGUUGCGAUUGGGUGGAAAAGUGCAAACUCGACAAAUUCUUUAAAGUGUUAUAGAAUGGAGUAUUGAGUUUCGCUAAGACAACAAAGUAACAAAAGAAUUCCAAACGCCAUUAAUAGCUGCCGAAAAUAGUUAAUAUUGUAAAAAUUUUUGUGUGGGCGUAUGUAUCGUGUACAUAAAUGCAAGUGUAAGUCGUAGGUAGGUAAUAAAAUGGUUUUAUGGUGUGAUUGUUUCAAUGGUGGCUAUCAGCAAAUUGAUACUGCACGACAAGGUCCACGUUUUGGUAUACGUCAUCUACAAUGUUUUCUCGCCUUUUGUGGCUUGGCAGUGGCUUAUGCGCUGCGCGUAAAUCUAUCUGUAGCCAUUGUGGCGAUGACAGAUCAAAAUGCCACAAAUCCAGCAUUUGAGGAGUACAAAUGGGAUGAGGGCAUUAAGUCCUAUCUGCUCAGCAGCUUUUUCUGGGGUUAUGUCGUGACACAAGUGCCCGGUGGCUACAUGGCGCACCACUAUGGUGCCAAGUAUACAUUCUUUUUUGGUGUGCUUAUAUGCUCUUCGCUGGCCAUUUUGACACCGUUGAGCGCCAAAAUCGGAGACUGGCCUUUAGUGUUGGCGCUGCGUGCGGCACAAGGUCUAUCGCAAGGCAUGAUUUUUCCAUCGACGCAUACAUUUCUAUCCAAAUGGGCACCAGCCGAGGAACGUGCACGUCUCGUCAGCUACUGCUAUUCGGGCGCACAAUUCGGUACGGUUGUAAUGCUGUCGGUUAGCGGUUAUAUAGCAUCCUCAUGGCUUGGUUGGCCCAGUAUAUUUUACCUCUCCGGUGUUGUCGGCAUUUUGUGGUCAUUCGUUUGGUUAUUCUUAAGCGCCAGCACACCUGCGGAGCAUCCAUCGAUUAGUGUAGCCGAGUUGCGUUAUAUUGAAUCGUCCGGACAAACACGUCGGCCUUCCGAUGCUGGUCGUCAAAGCAGUGGCACACAAACACAACCACACAAAUUACCAUGGGCUCAAAUAUUCACUUCACCAUCAUUCCUAACGUUGAUUUUUGUGCAUUUAGCGAAUAAUUGGGGCUUCUGGACACUGCUCACCGAAAUACCGACAUACUUGAAGAAUAUUCUCGGUAUGGAUAUACGUAGUAGUGGUCCACUCUCCGCGUUACCCUACUUUGCUAUGUGUCUGCUGUCCUAUGCUUUCAUCUUUUUGGGCGAUUUUCUUAAUGCGCGUUAUACAACGCGUCUAUGGGUAUCACGCAAAUUCUUCAACACCAUCGGUCAAUGGGUGCCGAUGGUGGCACUGAUCGGUUUGGGUUAUAUAAAUGCCGGCGGUAGUGUUAAGUUGGCUAUAACAUUGUUGACCAUAGCAGUGGGUGCAAACGCGGCCACUUAUCUGGGUUUUCAAGUCAAUCACAUUGAUAUAGCGCCAAAUUUCGCCGGCACAUUGAUGGGCAUUACCAACUGCGUGGCGAAUGUGAUAAGCAUAAUAGCACCGCUCACAGUUGGACUGAUUGUGACAGAUGAGGAAAAUCCCGCACAAUGGCGUAUUGUGUUCUAUGUGAGUGCAUUCUUUUAUUUCGUCGGCAAUCUGUUCUUCCUUGUCUUUGGUCGUACGAGUCCACAAAAAUGGAACUUCCCACAAGGUCAGCCAGCUGCUGCUGCAGGUCGAGGCGAUAACAGUACAUACAAUGGCGAUGACAUACACGAAAUAACCGAUGAUGAGACUGCGCCUUUGAAUCGCAAUGCUGCACCAUGAGUCCAUGGUGCCAAUGACAUGACAUUUCAUUUUAUUUCUCAUUUUCGACUACACAAACAUGUGUUUAGCUAAACAUUUUAAAUCUUUGUGAUAUAAAAUAUUUUCAUUAUUUCCUUAUGUCUCUCAACGUGGAAGUAAAUGCUUUCAUGGCAAAGUAAAGGCAUGACGUGCAUGUCACGAAAGUUAAGCAUAAAGAAUUUACAAAACUUAGGUGCAUACAAAUAUAUGUAUAGUAUAUGUAUAUACAUAAAUAUACACACAAAUAAUAUAAUUUAUAUUUUAAAAAAGAUCUACAUGCAUUUGUAAAAUUAAUUUGGAGCUCGAAAUGCUAUUAUAAGUAAUAAGUAUUAUAUAUUUAUGUUUUGUGAACGAAAGAAUCGUUUACUGCGAAAACAUUCGUGAAAUAACGGCUGAUCAUUAAAUUUGUGCAUGCAAAUUAUAUUUACCAUGACAUUGCCAGACUUCUGUUAAAUUAUUUUCUUUAAAUAUUAAACCAAUCGAUUAAAUUAAAAUUUUUACAUUCGUACGUCAGCAAUUUUUCGCAGUUAUUGAAAUAUGUUUUUUAAAUAAAUUCGAGCAAAUUUAUUAUAAUCUAAAUAAAUACCUUGUGCUACUGUACGCAAUUUAGCGUGCAUAAGUGAACUUAUAAAUUAUUACCUUCUGUAUGUCAAUGUAAUAAAGUGUCUUUAAUAAUUAAUAAAAUGCGCAAAUAAAUAUGAAA